UUUAGUGAUACUUUGGCUGCGUCUAUUUUAAGUUCCAGAGAUUCUCAGAACUUGUAGACUUGCUCUGUAUUAAAUUGUAUAAAAUCUGAAUCCAGUUACAACUUUGAGGUAUCCAUCUAUUGUAGGUAAUCUUAUUUCUUUUCUUUUCUUAUUCCUCUCUGGACUUGGAUUUUUGGCUAUGUUGGGGUUUUGUUUUUGUUUUUUCAGUUAGUUGGUUCUUAUAUCAGCAUGGUGUUUUUAACUUGGGAAUCAUGUUUUUAUACUAAUAUUACCUUCUGUGUUCUCCCCAACCCUCCACCCCCUCAUAGGUACCUUGCUCUGGUUUUAUAAGUGAUUUCCUCUCAGGUCACCCUGAGAUUGUCAUGAAACCCAAGUAAGCUUGCGGCCAUUUCGACCCCAUGUCCACCUGCUGUCACACUCAGAACCACAGUGGAUGACCAAAAGCAGAGGACAGCAGCCAAAAUGUGCUCUGGGGAAAAUUCCCAAGGGAAUUCAUAAGUAAUAAGAAAAAUGCUGAGAAUAUUUCCUAAUAUCAACUAUAUAUUCUAUACGUAUUAUUCAGAGCAGUCAAUGACGUCUGCACAGGGCAUAAUGUGGCAGAGUUUUCUGAAAGUCCACUUGUAGCAGCUGUGACAUACCACUCACCUCUGCCCCACAUCUCAAAUGCUCCGCGGUCCCUCUUUCUCCCAGUCCUUUCCUUUCCCGGGGCUCCUGCCCCCCUGACUGGGCAGAAGGGCCCCCGGUUCCCUCCCACCCUCUCUACCUGGGCAAUACUGGAUGCCCAGAGGUCACAGGCCCUCCCUGUCCCUGCACAAGAAAUAACACAGAACUCUCAGGAUUUGUGGCCUCUGGUCCUGUUUUAGAGGGGAACUUGCAGGAAGAAUUCUGAGGGAGGAUUUCUAUAGAAUAAAAGAUCACCUCAUCACACCAGCAGUUAUCUAUUCCUGCAUUGCCUCAUUGCCCCCGGGGAUGAGGGCCUGGUGUUGACCCAGGUUUUCAUCUCACACUGAUGGGUCUCCUGAUGAGUCCAGGCACCUCUAUGAACAAGACCCGGACUUGUUCAUAAAGCCACUCCUAUAUGAUGGCCUGGGCCAUGCUCCUGACCCUGACCUAAGCUAUCUGCAUCACUGUAGACUGUUCCCUGGCCAUGAGGGCCUGGUAGGGCCCACACCUGGGGUGCUGGUGGGUGGGUGCCCCUUCGUUUUCUGAGCCCUGUGGGCCACAUUCCCUCUAAGAGCUGUUGGCCACAGCUGCGUCGUGGCUGCCUGGAUGGCUCCUCCUUGGAUUCCCCUGUCCAGGGUCCUCUGCCUGCUCCAGCCCAGCUCCAGCCGGCCACCUCUGCUACCCACCAGUGGUCCCAGGAGAGGAGGGUGAUGGACGUCUGUGGCAGGAGCCAGAGAAGAGUCCUCCCAGAACCCGCAAGCAGGACACAGCAGACAUUGCCACCUCGCCUGUCCAGAGUGAACGGCUGGUCGAAGCCCCUCCACGGAUACCAGGCAGUAUCCUGGGCCAUAUUUGUGACCUUGGCCUUAGCCAUGUUUGGCAUUUUUAUUCCCAUGCUGCCUGGCAUGUGGAAGUACAUUGUCUAUGGAGUGAGCGGCGGGAUGUUAUUGUUCCAUGUUAUAGUGUACCUCGUCUGUGUCUCCAUCGACCCGGGAGAGGAUAAUGUGAGAAGGAAGAAGAUUUACAGUGAACCAGUGCCCACGUUCGACAGAUCCAAGCAACACCAUGUUAUAGAAGAUCUGUAUUGCUGCCUAUGUGGGGUCACCGUGAGCGAGAAAGCCAAACAUUGCCGGGCCUGCAACAAAUGCAUCGCUGGCUUUGACCAUCACUGCAAAUGGCUCAACAACUGUAUUGGGAGCAGGAAUUACUGGUGA